AUGGGAGAGCUGAAGAGCAAGGCUUCCCAGGCAUGCGAAACAUGCCGCUCGCUGAAAGUUCGCUGUCUUCCUAGCUCUCAGCCAGGAACCUGUUUAAAAUGUGAGAGUUCCAACAAAAACUGUGUAUUUCUGGAGCGACCACCGCGGCCGUCGCGUCACAGGCCAAAGUAUAGCUCAAAAGCCCGAAUUUGUGCGCUAGAGUCGAAGGUCGACAACCUGCUUGCUUUCGCCAGCCAGUCCAGAUUGACUCACGGACAAGGAUCCCCACAGCACCCGGUGGGGUCCGUGGAAAAUGACUUGUCUACCUAUAGUUCGUCUUCUAGCCACGGCGAACCAGAUUCCACGCCCAACAGCAGCCAUAACAGCAGCACAUAUUUAAAUACUCCAGAAGAGCCUCUGUAUAAGUGGAAUGACUAUCCUAAAAUCAACUGCAUGUCUUGCCCUGACCUACUACUUGAUUGUGGUCUGUCUAUCGAUGCUGCGGAUGGAUUCCUAAGACGGUUUCGCGCCAUGACCUCUUACUUUCCAUUUUUCGUGGUUCCUGCUCAAGCCACUGUUUUGACAAUGUGUAAAGAGCAUCCUUUCGCCCUCGUGGCAGCUUUGGCAGCAGCCACCUCCUCAGACCGGAAAUUACAAAAGUCCCUUAGUGAAAAAUUUAUAGGCGGUGCUUUCCACACCGUGAUGGUUCAGAAUGAGAGGAGCCUAGAUCUUCUAAAUGGGAUCCUAGUAUACUUGGCCUGGUACCAGUUUUAUUAUAUUCCUACAAAAGAACAAUUCAACCAAUUGCUCCAUGUCGCAAUUGGUAUGGUUAGUGACAUGGGCUUGAACCUAAGACCUGCCGAGGCAAUUGGGGCGAAGAUCGGACUUCGAUUGUCACAUUAUCGCAAAGUCUCUACACCUUCAGCGGACCACGAUGAAUUUUUCAGCCGAGAAGCCCGCAGAGCAUAUUUGGGGUGCUUUUAUCUUUCGAGCGUCACCGGCUGGGUCACAAUGAAGUCCAAUAGACUCCAAUUCCAAAGCUACAUGCUUGAUUGUGCGAGAUCGUUAGGUCAAGAAUUGGAAUAUUCAACGGAUGCAUUACUUUUACCACUGGUCCAGCUUCAACACAUGGCCGAUGUGAAUCACCACAGGCUUUCAGCUGUUGAUAACACUAGCCUGGGACAUAUGGAUGCCCUAGACCUUGAAACGAAGGUUCAAUCCUUUCAAGCUGAGCUUAAGCAGUGGGAGCACUUACUUCCACCAGUAUAUCAGCAACCGAACGGGAUGGACCUGGCCUCUCAGACGGCUGUAAUGCAUGUCUAUGAGAUGGACCUAGUCAAUGUCUUUGCAGCGAAAAUGUGGCGACCGACGUCCCCCCUGAGAUAUUCAGCAAUCUCAUCUUGUACCCCUCAAGUUUGUUUGGAAGUACUCUUCCUUUGUUUGAAAUCAGCUGGACAGCUUGCUCGCAAUUUCCUCUCCAUCCCAGCAUCUGAAUACGGCAGCCUCUCUUACAUACAGUGGUCUGGCAUCAUAUAUGCCGUCACCCUCAUGUAUAGAUUGACUGUCGGGAUUCCCCAGCUUCCCGAUUGGGAUGUUCGAGUUGCGCGAACGACUGUUGACCUUGAUUUCGUUUUAGAUGCUUUGUGCAGUCGCUUCAGCAGCGUUUCCCUUUGUGGUCACGUUGUAUUGGAGAAUGGAGACCUAUUCUCGGUCAUGGGCUCAAUCUUUGGGGGUAUUAAGCAGACCUACGACAGACUCAAGCAGUUGCCGCAGAAUGAGAGUGCAGCCGACAACAGCCCAGUUCAUGCCACCGCCUUUUUGGCCCCUGCCCUCGAAACCCAGCAUCUGUGCCCUGCAUUUCACACCUGA